GAGGAAUGCCAGCUCCUGAGCAGGCCUCAUUGGUGGAGGAGGGGCAACCACAGACCCGCCAGGAAGCUGCCCCCACUGGCCCAGGCAUGGAACCCGAGACCACAGCCACCACUAUUCUAGCUUCCGUGAAGGAGCAGGAGCUUCAGUUUCAGCGACUAACCCGAGAACUGGAGGUGGAAAGGCAGAUUGUUGCCAGUCAGCUAGAAAGAUGUAGGCUUGGAGCAGAAUCACCAAGCAUCGCGAGCACCAGCUCAACUGAGAAGUCAUUUCCUUGGAGAUCAACAGAUGUGCCAAAUACUGGUGUAAACAAACCUAGAGCUUCGGACGCUGUCCAUCCCAAUAACUAUCUCAUCAGGACAGAGCCAGAGCAAGGAACCCUCUACUCACCAGAACAGACGUCUCUCCAUGAAAGUGAGGGAUCAUUGGGUAACUCAAGAAGUUCAACACAAAUGAAUUCUUAUUCCGACAGUGGAUACCAGGAAGCAGGGAGUUUCCACAACAGCCAGAACUUGAGUAAGGCAGAUAAUAGGCCACAACAUUCAUUCAUAGGAUCAACUAAUAACCACCUGGUGAGGAAUUCAAGAGCUGAAGGACAAACACUGGUUCAGCCAUCAGUAGCCAAUCGGGCCAUGAGAAGAGUUAGUUCAGUUCCAUCUAGAGCACAGUCUCCUUCUUAUGUUAUCAGCACAGGCGUGUCUCCUUCAAGGGGGUCACUGAGAACUUCUCUUGGUAGUGGAUUCGGCUCUCCAUCAGUGACCGACUCCCGACCACUGAACCCCAGUGCAUAUUCCUCCACCACAUUACCUGCUCAGCGGGCAGCCUCUCCGUACUCUGCACAGAGGCCCGCCUCCCCAUCAGCUGUACGUCGGAUUGGGUCGGUCACCUCCCGGCAGACCUCCAGUCCCAACGGGCCAACCCCUCAGUACCAAACGACCACCAGAGUGGGGUCCCCACUGACCCUGACGGAUGCACAGACUCGAGUAGCUUCCCCAUCCCAAGGCCAGGUGGGGUCAUUAUCCCCCAAACGCUCAGGGAUGACCGCCGUACCGCAGCAUCUGGGACCUUCACUGCAAAGGACUGUUCAUGACAUGGAACAAUUUGGACAGCAGCAGUAUGACAUUUACGAGAGGAUGGUUCCACCUCGGCCAGACAGCCUGACAGGCUUACGGAGUUCCUAUGCUAGUCAGCACAGCCAGCUUGGACAAGACCUUCGUUCAACUGUGUCUCCCGACUUGCACAUCACUCCUAUCUAUGAGGGGAGGACCUAUUACAGCCCAGUUUACCGCAGCCCAAACCACGGAACCGUGGAGCUCCAAGGAUCGCAGACAGCACUGUACCGCACAGGUUCGGUAGGUGUUGGAAAUCUGCAAAGGACGUCCAGCCAACGAAGUACCCUUACAUACCAAAGAAAUAAUUAUGCUCUGAACACAACAGCUACCUAUGCGGAGCCCUACAGGCCAAUACAAUACCGAGUGCAAGAGUGCAAUUAUAACAGGCUUCAGCACAUAGCACCAGCUGAUGACGGCACCACGAGAUCCCCAUCAAUAGACAGCAUUCAGAAAGAUCCCAGGGAGUUUGCCUGGCGUGAUCCCGAGUUACCUGAAGUCAUUCACAUGCUGCAGCACCAGUUCCCGUCAGUUCAGGCAAACGCAGCAGCCUACCUGCAACACCUGUGCUUUGGCGACAACAAAGUGAAGCUAGAGGUGUGUAGGUUAGGGGGAAUCAAGCAUCUGGUUGACCUUUUGGACCACAGAGUUUUGGAAGUUCAGAAGAAUGCUUGUGGUGCCCUCCGAAACCUUGUUUUUGGCAAGUCUACAGAUGAAAAUAAAAUCGCGAUGAAGAAUGUUGGUGGGAUACCUGCCUUGUUGCGACUGUUGAGAAAAUCUGUCGAUGCAGAAGUAAGGGAGCUGGUCACAGGAGUUCUUUGGAAUUUAUCCUCAUGUGAUGCCGUAAAGAUGGCAAUCAUCCGCGAUGCUCUCUCAACCCUGACAAACACUGUGAUCGUUCCACAUUCUGGAUGGAAUAACUCUUCUUUUGAUGACGAUCAUAAAAUUAAAUUUCAGACUUCACUUGUUCUGCGUAAUACGACAGGUUGCCUGAGGAAUCUCAGCUCCGCGGGGGAGGAAGCGCGAAGGCAGAUGCGAUCCUGUGAGGGGCUGGUGGACUCUCUGCUGUACGUGAUCCAUACGUGUGUGAACACAUCUGACUACGACAGCAAGACCGUGGAGAACUGCGUGUGCACACUGAGGAACCUGUCGUAUCGGCUGGAGCUGGAGGUGCCCCAGGCCCGGCCGCUGGGGCUGAACGAAUUGGAUGACCUACUCGGAAAAGAGUCUCCCAGCAAAGACUUGGAGCCAAGCUGCUGGGGGAAGAAGAAGAAGAAGAAAAAGAGAACACCACAAGAGGAUCAAUGGGAUGGAGUUGGUCCUAUCCCAGGACUGUCGAAGUCCCCCAAAGGGGUUGAGAUGCUGUGGCAUCCGUCAGUGGUAAAACCAUAUCUGAAUCUUCUAGCAGAAAGUUCCAACCCAGCCACCUUGGAAGGCUCUGCUGGAUCUCUCCAGAACCUCUCUGCCGGAAACUGGAAGUUUGCAGCGUACAUCCGAGCAGCUGUCCGCAAAGAAAAAGGGCUCCCCAUCCUUGUAGAACUUCUGAGAAUGGACAAUGAUAGAGUUGUUUCUUCUGUGGCGACUGCCUUGAGGAAUAUGGCCCUAGAUGUCCGCAACAAGGAGCUCAUAGGUAAAUACGCCAUGCGAGACCUGGUCAACAGGCUUCCGGGUGGUACCAGCCCCAGCGUGCUGUCGGAUGAGACCGUGGCAGCCAUCUGCUGCGCCCUGCACGAGGUCACCAGCAAGAACAUGGAGAAUGCCAAGGCCCUGGCUGACUCGGGGGGCAUAGAAAAGCUGGUGAACAUAACCAAGGGCAGAGGAGACAGAUCAUCUCUGAAAGUGGUGAAGGCAGCAGCCCAGGUCUUGAAUACAUUAUGGCAAUAUCGGGACCUCCGGAGCAUCUAUAAAAAGGAUGGGUGGAAUCAGAACCAUUUUAUUACACCUGUGUCAACAUUAGAGCGAGACCGAUUCAAAUCACAUCCUUCGUUGUCUACCACCAACCAACAGAUGUCACCUGUCAUUCAGUCAGUCGGCAGUACCUCUUCCUCACCAGCACUGUUAGGAAUCAGAGACCCUCGCUCUGAAUACGAUAGGACCCAGCCACCUAUGCAGUAUUACGGUAGCCAAGGGGAUGCCACACAUAGAGGCCUGUACCCUGGUAAGACGCCAGUCGGGUGUGUGAUAGAGUAUCUCGAAAAGCCGCGUGUCCCCAGGCACUUGGCCGGUGGCCUGGGAGGUAACCUCUGCCUGCAAUGAGAUGGUCCCCCAGCAGCAAACCAUGGUCCAGUCUCUGCAUCUCCUGCUUCAGGGCCUUUUCCACUUGUUUUAAGUAAAAACAAGUGAGGGUAGUGGUCUGGUGACCGCACAUAAAAUGAGCACUGUAUCCAAACGAGAAAGCGUUUCCGACUCCCCUGCAGCGCAGGCCCUUUGUCCUGCCCCCCUCCCCCCUCCCCUGUGUGUUCCAGAACCCUGAGCUCUGUGACACUUGGCAGGCCCACAUCUCCUGGACUGACUCAUAAAUUCAAACCUGCGGAUGGAGAUUAAUUCCACUUACAUUUUUGUGGAGAAGAGUUUGAAUGAAUAACAAAAUAUAUAACGGGAUUCUCCUCAGAGUGAUUAUUUUUUAAGAAUAACAAAAAUGAUGUUGCCCAGUAUUAAUAUUUUUAUGUCCUAUUCAGAAAGCCCUGCAUAUAAUUUACUUAAAGAAGGCCAACCUGAAGGGUUACCAAGGUUUCCUAUUGUCUCCAUUCUCAACUAUGUUGCAAAUUAGUACUCUACAGGUUUCAAAUGAAGCAGUGUGAGCUACCAAAAAGUGGGGGAGAAACCCUCCUUUCUCAACAACAACAAAAAAAAACUGUUUCUUAAAAAGAAAGAAAUAAAAACUGGUGGCAAUUUAACAACUGCUGGGGGAGCAGUCUCAGUUGUGCUGUUGUCUUUAAGAUUGUGAUUUCACAGGACUGUUUACUAAUCAACUACUGUUACUAUGGCAAUUAAUAGCUCAGAAAAUUGCAGAUGCUACAUUUCAAACACCAAGCUCUUUGCAGAGGAAAUGCACAUACCAACUGAAGUGCAUUGUUGCUUCAGGUUUGCGGCAGCCUGCUUUAUUUUAAAGAUCGCCUCCUUAGCAUGCACGCCCUUCUGUAUCUUCUUUGCUUGCUUCAAUAAACUAAUUUGCCUCAAAUAUGUUUCAUUUUCCUCAUUAAAAAAAAAAUAAAAAUCUUUGCUAGCCUUAACAGUACUUGAAGGGUACCCAAUGACAUCAUUGGGAGUCUACUGUGGACUCAUGAAGACAGCUAUCUGAUUACCAGGUUCUUUUUGUUUUGAAACAUACUUAAAUAUGGUGGACACAAGGAUGUGCCCCCAGGUGGCCGGCCUGUUAGAACACACCUGUGCCUGCUCCUUCCAGGACCUGGGAUUUUGAAUCAACGCUGUUCUGAGGGCAUGGAGCUUGUUCCACUGUGUUUCCCUACCCCCUCAUCUGACCCAGUUCUCUAGCUCAGAGCCCUGGAAAAGCCGUGUUCCUUGGCACAGGGAGCGAGUCUGCUCUUCAGAGCCAGCCAGGGAAAUCUUCACAGGUGGGAAGAGCUCAACCCGAGGUUGAGAAGGAACCCUUUUUGGAUGAGCUAUGCAUUGGCAUUGCUUUUUGGUGAAACACACAGCCUCUCUUUGCCGUAUUCAUUAGCCCCUAAGAACCCUGGGUAAGCAGCAAGCAGGCUUGAUCCAGGGCACCCAGGCUGCUGACUGGUCCGGGGCUGUGCUGGCACCGGGGAAGGCAGGGCCUGUCGGGGACGCCACCAGCCCUAGAGCAGGGAGUCCACACAACCUAAUGGGACAGAGUAAUGAGCACUAGUUUUAAUUUC